UGCAUGCAAUGCAUUUUAAUGCUAUCCACCCCUAUUUUUCACACUCCCCUGGACACCGGUGAUGCCCCUCCACACUUUCAUAUCAGUUCUUUGCUCCUGAUUUUUUUCUGGAAUUGAAGUAGUCUGUCUUGGCAGCAGGCGUCUUCACCUGCUGAACCAUCCCUCUGGCCCACCUUUUAUUAACCACGCAAAUCGCCAACGUCUUCUUGUUCAUUUCCUACUGUUCGCCCACACCAGCGUUAAUUUCCUGCCCUGGCAACCCCGGCUAUGUUUAAAAUUCUGCUUUGAAAAAGACAUCUCCCUUCCUGUCUGUGGCUCAAAGCCCCACAGCCCCAAUUGGCUUUAGAUCCCCUUUGCAGUCCAGGUGACCUUUGACUUGCGUCCUUACCCCACCUGCUGCGAUUACAGGUCUUGGGCGUUACCUACAGAUAAGUUCCGUUUUCAAGCUUCUGUUAAGAGUAUUUCUGGAUUUACUUUAUUUUUGGUUAUGUGAAUGUUGUACUUCAGAACGUACUUUUGUUCUUGUGCACUUGUUGAGUCCAGCAGGAUCCUCUGAGGUGGUGGAUGUUGGGAACCGAACUGCAGCCCUCUUCAAGAACAAUAUCCACUCCUAACCAUUGAACCAUCUCGCUAGUCACUUUAAAAUUAACUUCAACCGUGGCUAAUUUGUUUGUGUUUUUGCCAAAAUUAAACGGAAGCAACGUAGAAAAUCGGAAAAAUUCGGUAAAGCCUCGAGCAUUUUCAUCCAGUCAUUCAGUAAUAGCUAUGGCUAUUUUUCUUCAAACCAUAAGAAAUGCCGUGACGUCUUUGGUGGAAACGUGCUUACUUUCUUUUCCACCAUUUUCUACCACCGGCAGCUGGAGAGGUCUCGCCUUUCAGAGGACCCCGGGCCGGAGGCGAAGCUGAGGUGUCCUAGCAGGAGCGGCCUCUUUAAGGAGGCGGCGCCCGGGCGAGCUGCUCGCUGAUUGGCGGAGCGGAGCCUCGUGGCAGGGCGGCGGAGACCGAGGCGGCUGGGUGGGGUCCGGCUGGUGGGCGCAGCCUGUCCCGGGGAGCCCAGCGAGUUGACAGAUGAUCGGGAGGCGCUCCCUGCUCGGCGUCACCUUUUGCACCUGCUACCUGGCUUCUCACCUCACGAACAAGUAUGUCCUGUCGGUCCUGAAAUUCACCUAUCCUACAUUAUUCCAAGGGUGGCAGACACUCAUCGGUGGACUUUUGCUUCAUAUGUCAUGGAGACUGGGUUGUGUGGAGAUCAACAGCAGUUUAAGAUCUAAUGUUUUGGCAUGGCUUCCUGCUUCAGUGCUGUCAGUGGGUAUAAUCUAUGCAGGGUCCAGAGCUUUGUCCAGACUGGCUGUUCCUGUGUUUUUCAUUUUGCAUAAUGUAGCUGAAGUUCUCAUCUUCGGGUAUCAGAAGUGUGUCUGGAAGGAGAAAACUGACCGCCAUGAGCUAUGCAGUGCCCUCUUCCUCGUGGCUGCUGCAGGGUGCCUUCCCUUCCAGGACGCACAGUUUGAUGCAGAUGGAUAUUCUUGGGCUGUCGUUCACUUAUUUUGUGUAGGGGCUUACAGAAUACUUCGGAAAUCCCAGAAGCCCAUUGUGUUAAGUGACAUUGACCAGCAGUACUUGAACUAUAUAUUCAGUGUGGCUCUCCUGGCAGUGGCGUCUCAUCCCACAGGUGACCUCUUCAGUGCCGCGGACUUUCCGUUCCUGUCUUUCUACAGAUUCCACGGCAGCUGCUGUGCCAGCGGAGUUUUAGGAUUCUUUCUCAUGCUCAGCACAGUAAAGCUGAAAAGCGUUCUGGCCCCAGGGCAGUGCGCAGCCUGGAUUUUCUUUGCUAAGGUCAUCACAGCUGGCUUGUCACUCUUGCUGUUUGAUGUGGUCCUGACCAGUGCAACUGUGGGCUGCUUCCUACUUGGUGGACUUGGAGAGGCCCUGCUGGUUUUCUCGGAGCGGAGAAGUUCCUGAUGGAGUUGGUCAAGGAAAGGAAACACUCAUCUGCUACAGGAGAACACGGCACUCGGGCCUCCCUCUUAAGGAACAUAGAAAGAACUCAGAGAGUGCAACCAAGCUGAACUCGGUGUUUGCUGAUGACUCAAACACCCCACCUUUCUCAUUACCGAGGGGAGGAUUUCACAGGGGCCUCUGCACCGCUGCAGAGAAAGGACCCAUCUUACAUCUUCUCAUGCAGGACCAUCUUCACUCCGCUGCACCCAGUUCUGCAGAAUCAGGAGGCAGGGGAUCUUAAUGGGAUGGCUGUGUCCUCUGGAUGGACCGCAGCCUCUGGACACCAGGACUUUCCACCAAACACUGUCCUGUAUUUGCGGUUACAGUCCCAUGGAGUCUUAUUGCUUUUUUUUUUUUUUUUUUUUUGGUGGUGGUGGUGUUUUGUGUCUUUCCAUUUUGGAGUCUCUUCCCCCACUUUGAUUUUUCUGGUUUACCUGGAGCCCAUGCCCACCCACAGAAAACAAGGCAUGAAUGCUCCUGAGAGUCAUGUAGGGCAGGGCAGGGUUGGGGGCUGGGCAGGAUUGGGGGCUGGGCAGGGUUCUGGACCAAAUGAGAUACCAAGGAAGAUCUUUAGACGGUGUUGUGAGUGGAGGGCUCUUGUGGUUGAUGCAGAUUUACUUAUGGUUUCUAAAUUUCUUUUGGUUCUUGUGAAUUUGUCAGAAUGUGUUGAGUUCUGUAGAAUCUGUUAGGUUAGGCUGGUGAUUAAAUCAAUUACCUGAAGCCUUUUGAGUCCUAUGUGGCCCAGGUGGUCUCCAAUGUCUUACGUACUCUGUCUUCUGAGGGCUGAGACUGUAAGCAUGCAUUCCUAUGCCUUUUGUUCCUUAAAGUUUUUUAAAAUGUAAUUCCUUCAUAUCUCAGAUGAGAUCUCAAGGCAUUGACCACUGGAUUUUAUCUCUCACACUAGAUUAAUGAUUGGAGUAAAGUCCCAGACCUUACCACUGAGAAGAAGCUACUUUACACAAAAUAGUCGCUUGACUCUGAAUCCACUAAGGCUUAAGAAAAUAAUGCUUCAGUCUAGAUAUUUCUUCUCACUGAUUUUACAAAUACUUUUUUUUAGAGGAUCAAUAAAAUGGUCAUUUAUUAGUUUUC